GACCGCACGGACUUAUUCAGGGAAAAAACAAACACACACAAUUCCAGAUUCUGUCAACGAUCUUUCCAGUAGUGGAGGUAUCAGGUACAGCCCCCUGUCGGCCAUGUGUAACAUCACGCCGCCCCUUCGCGCCCACCAAAGCUCGGACUGCUCAGCGACUGACCACCACCGUCAGCCCCGCCUCCAGAUCGCGUCCCAGAAGCCCCCUCGGCUCCGCUGUACGGCUGGCCUUCUUCAAAAUGGCCGCGCCCAGGGGGCGAUUACUAACGGGUACCGCCAUUGCUGUUGCGGGAUCCUCUGCGGUCGCGCCCCGGGUGUUCGCCAUGUCUGCCUGUGUUGCGACCAGCUCUUGACAAAGCCCAAGACAGUGGACCUGAGGAGAAAUCCGGGGAUGGUCGAAGAGGCCCUGCGUCCGAAGGAGAUGGCUGAGACCGAGCCCGGGGACAGCAAUGUUGGAUCAGUAGCAUUCAAAGAUGUCACCAUGGCCUUUAGUCAGAAAGAAUGGAAGCAGCUCAAUCCUGCACAGAAGAACCUGUACAAGGAUGUAAUGCUGGAGAAUUAUAGCAACUUAACUUCAAUGGGGUGUCAAACUUCCAAACCAGAGAUGAUCUCCAAGUUGGAAAAAGGAGAAGAGCCAUGUUUAGGAAGGGGGAAAAGACCCAGUCAAAAUCGUCUGAGUAAAAUAGCAAGAUCCAAGAAAACGAAAGCUGACAGAAAAGAAAUCCAGCAAGAUGAUGAUCAGCUAGAAAAUAACCAGGAAUCUCAUAACAAAGUCAAUGGAGAAGUUGCACGGAAAAAGAAAACCCUGAAAAAAAGAAGCAAUGAAUGUGGUUCACUGGUGGAACUAAAGAACAUGAGCACAAAACUUCUUUCUUCGAAAAAGAGGCUGCAUAAACUUGAUUCACAUGAAAAAAGUUCAAAACAGAAUUUAGACCUACCUGGUCAUAUAAUAAAGUGUAUAAAAAAGAAACCUGUUGUGGCCAAAGAACACAAGAAAUCACUCAACAAUAGCAUAUGUGAUACAAAAAAACCCAAAAAUCAGUCUAGAAAGAAACAUGAGAAAGUACUCAAUGAUGACCCAUCUGAAAAAUGUGACAAGCCUGAACCUAGUAAGAAACAUGAGAAAUUAAGCAGUCGUAGUUUAUCCCAUUCUAAGCGAGACAAAAUUCAUGCUGGAAAGAAACAUGAGAAGUUAUCCAGCUUUAGUCUAUCUGCCAAGCAUGACAAAACUGAUACUCCAGUGAAGCUUUAUGAAUGUGACCAGUGUGGAAAGGUUCUCAGUCAUAAACAAGGACUCACUGAUCACCAGAGAAUUCACACUGGAGAGAAACCAUAUGAAUGUGAUGAAUGCGGUAUUGCCUUUAGCCAAAAAUCACACCUUGUUGUACACCAGAGAACACACACUGGAGAAAAACCAUAUGAGUGUACCCAGUGUGGCAAAGCCCAUGGUCAUAAACAUGCACUAACUGACCACCUGAGGAUCCACACAGGAGAGAAGCCCUAUGAGUGCACUGAGUGUGGGAAAACCUUCAGACAUAGCUCAAACCUCAUCCAACAUGUGAGAUCUCACACAGGUGAGAAGCCCUAUGAAUGUAAGGAAUGUGGGAAAUCCUUCAGGUAUAACUCCUCUCUUACUGAACAUGUGAGAACUCACACAGGUGAAAUACCAUAUGAAUGCAGUGAAUGUGGAAAGGCCUUUAAGUAUAGUUCAUCUCUUACGAAGCACAUGAGAAUCCAUACAGGUGAGAAACCACAUGAAUGCAGUGAAUGUGGCAAAGCUUUCAGCAAGAAGUCACACUUAAUCAUACAUCAAAGAACUCAUACCAAGGAGAAGCCUUACAAAUGUGAUGAAUGUGGAAAAGCCUUUGGACAUAGCUCAUCUCUCACUUACCAUAUGAGAACGCAUACAGGUGAAAGUCCCUUUGAAUGCAAUCAAUGUGGGAAAGCCUUUAAGCAAAUCGAAGGCCUUACGCAGCAUCAGCGAGUUCAUACUGGGGAGAAGCCCUAUGAGUGUACAGAGUGUGGGAAAGCCUUCAGCCAGAAGUCACACCUCAUUGUACACCAGAGAACUCACACUGGGGAGAAACCCUUUGAGUGUAAUGAAUGUGGAAAAGCCUUCAGUGCAAAGGCACAACUUGUUAUACAUCAGAGAUCUCACACUGGGGAGAAGCCCUAUGAAUGUAAUGAGUGUGGGAAAGCCUUCAAACAAAGUGCAUCACUCACCAAACAUGUGAAAACUCAUUUGGGAGAGAAAUCCCCUGAGUGACAUUGAUACAAUAAAACUGUUAGAGCUGACAGUUUUGUUGAACCUUAAACAUAAUCUGAAUGUAAAGAGCAUUAGAAAGUUU